AUGUGGCAAGGAAAGUGGAAACCAUCCAUCUACAUCUUCCCUUCUGUAUGGAAAGAGUUGGCGACCCUGAAAGAGACCCUGCUUUGGAUCAAAGAAAGCCCCCAUGCCCACCAGGUGAUUGGGACUACAGUUUUCUACUUCACUGACAACUCGGGAGUUUAUUGGAUUGCCACCACGGGCUCUUCCAGGACACGCUCCCUCCACAAAUUGAUCAGUGAGAUCAGACUUCUUGAACUGGACCUCCAAUGUGUCCUCCAAGUGGUCCAUGUACCGGGCAGAGUGCUAAUCACCCAAGGGACUGAUGGCCUCAGCCGCGGUGUUUGGAUGUCUGCCCUUCAAGAUAUCAUGGACUCGGAUAGGCUAACUCAAGCUAUCUUUGAUCCUGUUCCCUUUGACAUGGCGUUGGUGUGGACCCAUCUGCCACAAAUGGCCCAUUUGACAUGGUACAGAUCCUGGAACCAACCCUGGACAGCAUCCCUCUGCCUACACCAAACGACAGCAUGGUGUCCACCACCGGAACUGGCCCGCCAGCUCCUCACCUUCCUACUCAACUCGUGGGUUGAAUGCCCCUUCACCGCAUCCGCGCUGCUCUUUGUGCCCAGAGUUGUUGAAGCUUCCUGGCGCCACAUGUCUCGUUACGUCUACAAACUUGAUACCAUCUACCCACACAAGACCAACCUGCGAUUCCCGCCACUCCUGCCGAUCCCCAUUGUUGUUCUUUACAUUGCACCUCACACACUCUCCCUCAACCCCAACUCUAGGUUGGACAAGACUCCCACUGCCGCCCCCUUUUGGCAUGCCGCCCAAGCCACACUUAUGCGCGGGUUGCCAGAAAGGGUUCAGCCGCAAGGAGAUUGA